AUGGCUGACUCGAACCUACGCCUGUUGGAUCGUGAAGCCCACAACUUCAGGUCGAGCCAUCGUGGCUACGCAACUGGAUCUUUGCAUUUGGACACAAAUUUCACUAAUGCUUUACUAAACUCGAGCCUCUCCGAUGUCACACUGAAAGUGGGCAAAGUCGAGUUCCCUGCCCACAAAAUCAUCCUCGCAAGUCGCUCUAAAGUAUUCCAAGGAAUGUUCGAAAGUGGAAUGAAGGAAAGCCAGGAAAACGUGGUGAAUCUGGUCGAAAUGCAAGAAACAACCGCCGAAAACAUGCUUCAGUACAUUUACACUGGAUGCAUCAAGGAGCUGACAAUGGAGGGGGCAUUCGACUUGUACGUUGCUGCUGACAGAUAUGAUUUGAGAGAGCUGGUAGUGUGCUGUCAAGAUUUCAUUCUGAAGAACAUAUCUGCCGAGCAUGUUUGCGAAGUAGCCGCUUUGGCUAAUGUCCACAACGAUGAAGAACUUGCAAUGGCGUCGAAGAUAACUCUCAAAGAAAAUUUUAAAGAAGUGCUCAAUUCCGAGAAGUGGAGAGCAUUUGCUAAAAAUCAACCUGAUUUGUACACGGAGCUGUUAGAAAGUUCGGUAUUGAUUGAAAAAAUAGAGUAG